AUGUUCGAUAUUAGAAGAUUUGACAUCUAUCGAAAAAUUCCUAAAGAUUUAACUCAACCAACCACGGCUGGUGCGGUGAUCUCAAUUCUUUGUGUCCUUUUCAUCACUUUCAUGUUGUUCAACGAUCUUUUAGCGUAUAUAAAGAUAGACGUAAAAGACGAGAUUUUCGUUGACGAUCCGGGACGAGAAGGGAAAAUCGAUGUGCAAAUCAAUGUCUCAUUUCCAUACAUCGAGUGCAAAUAUCUAGGAGUCGAUAUUCAAGACGAGAAUGGACGUCACGAAGUGGGAUUUGUCGAUCAAACAAAGCGAAUCGCGAUCCUUGACGGGAAUGGUUGUCGCUUCGAGAGUGAAUUCGAGAUCAAUAAAGUACCCGGGAAUUUCCAUCUAUCCACUCAUUCGGCUCAAGAACAACCGUCCGAUCCCGAUAUGAGACAUCUCAUUCAUUCGCUCACUUUUGGUGAUGAUGUAACGAGCAAAUCACUGAAAGGAAGCUAUGAUCCACUCUCCGGUAGAGAUCGGACAGGACAUGGACAAGGGCUCAACACACAUGAAUAUAUUUUAAAGAUUGUUCCCUCGGUUUACCAGGAUAUCGAUGGUGGAGUGGUGAACAGCUAUCAAUACACCUAUGGGCACAAAGAAUAUUUGUCGUACCAUCACUCUGGUCGAGUGAUUCCGGCGGUUUGGUUUAAGUAUGAGCUUCAACCGAUCACCGUGCGGAGAACCGAGUACCGACAAAGCUUUUACACGUUCCUCACUUCGGUUUGUGCGGUUGUUGGCGGGACAUUCACCGUUGCUGGUAUCAUUGAUUCAACUUUUUUCACCAUUCAUGAAAUGAUCAAGAAACAACAACUCGGAAAGCUCACA